UCCUGGGCGCCCUGGCCUGCGGCAGCGCUUCUCAAGGAAAAGGCACUUUCCGGUGGCCGGCCACCCCGUGGCCACAGGAGCAUGUGUUUCUGAUAGAAAGCUCUUUGCUUUUGAUGGGACCUUUGCCCAUCCAGGGAGUUGUUCAGAAAAUCGUUGCUUCCAGUUAGAAAAAAAACCCUCCCACUUUCUGAGGAGACAGAAGGGCAGGCAGGAACCUUACAAUCCCCUUCCACUGCCCCGCCCUGUCUUCCAGAACUGUCCUGGCAUGGGUCAGCCCACGGCAUGAUGGGCUGUGGAUAGAGCCGCAGGGUUGCCCCAGCCCCCUCCCUGAGACCCUCCUCUCCACCCCACAGCCACACCUGUCUGACAUGUCACGCGUCGCCAGGUAACAUCGUGGGGAGUUAGACUCCCAAACCUGUCUGCAGAGAGGCCCCAGGAUCAAUAGAAGGCAGCAGCGGGACACUAGCGGGCUGCGUUCUUCUUGACUCUGUGGUUUCCAUGAGGGUUAGAAGGCUGGCUGCAAGGUGGAUAAGGAACCUGGGCGGGUGGGUGCACGGAAGCUGCUGCCAGGGCUCGGUGGCUGGUCUGGCCCAGCUCUCCCAGCCCCGCCACCCGCCGGCUGGACAGCGGGGAGCACCCCGCCUCAUCUCCUCGUGACCAAAGUGGGGCUGUGCUCAGCCUGGGCUGAAGGGUGUUUGGAGGCUGAAAUCAGUCUGUGCCGCUGGCAGGUGGUGGGAACGGGGCAGGACAGCUUGAGUCGCUAGUGGGUCCACACAGGGUCACCGUCCCUUGACCUGCAGCCGAGUGGCCGGAGAGUGGCUGGUUUGCAGAUUAAUCACCUGGGCAGGUUCACGGUGCCCUGGGAAGUUUGCAGUCACAGGUGGGGCCGCAGGGUCCCUACGCGACACAUCCAGCGCCCAUGCCCUCGCGUAGAGGGGUCCUGGCUGCCCGGCGCAGGGGACACAGCCAGUCUCUGCAACAGAGGGUCGGGGCAGGUGGCCUCUUUUAAUCAGUGCCUCCUGCGGGGUCUGAGGUCCUCCAUGUCGGGAGAGAAGCGGGCAGGUGGGGCGUUUGUGGCUGCACCCUGUACUCAGCUGCAUUCCCUUCUCGGAGGCACCACCUUCCUGCAGCAUCCCUGCCUGCACCCCCAAAACCAGGGAGAGUCGGAGCCGGAAGUACCCAGCCGGCCUGCAGGCAUUGUGGAGGCACCUGGUACGGGAGCAGCCCCGACCCAGAGGGCACUUGGCCCUGGGUUUGGGAUGAGACGGACAGAAGCUCGAAUAGCAGAGGGGUGGGGCUGUGGAGGCAGUGGCAGGCAGAAGGAGCCACGGUUCAGGGUGUGGAGUCGACUCCUCCUGCUGCCAGCUGCGUGGCUUAGCACUGAUUUACUAAUCAUUAACUAGUGGUACUGAGUCACCAUCUUCUAACCCAGGUGGUUCUCACCUAGGGUGGUCCUGCCCCCAGGGGACACUGGGCCAUGUCUGGGGACAUCUGUGGUCUUCGGGACUGGGGGGAGCUCCUGGCAUCGAGGGGAUGGGGGCAGGGAUGCUGCUCCACCCCCCACAGCACCUGGGACGGCCCUAAUGUCAGCAGUGCUAGGUCUGGGCCUCAGUCUUCCCAUGUAAAGUGGGGGUUCUGUUUUGUUCUGAGGGUUACUGUGAAUGCCUCACUGGGUGUUAACCAAGGUGGCAGGAAGUGAUGAUGGCUUUGGGGAAGGAAGCGAAGGCACUUCUGGUCUGUGGACGAGGCACGGGGCCUUCUUGCUCCAGAGCACAGGUGGCCUCCAGCUGCGUUGCCAGGGGGGCCCUUACACAGCGAGUGUUCACUCUGUGGCGCAUCAGUGACUGCACCUUUUAUCCCAUGCAGUUUUCCGUGCUUGUGUUGUUACCUUUCACGGUAAACAGAUUUUACAGUAGUGCUGACCUCGAUUUGAGCUGAGAGGGAAACUGCUUCAGUUCUUUAUGGUGCCUGGGGUAGCGGCUCAGCCCGCACUUGCUCUGCUUGUCUCCCGCGCCCUGCUUUCAAAAUGGCAGCUUCACUGACUGUCAUUCACAUGCCGGACUUUCCGCCUGUGUCCCGUGUACAUUCCAGCGUUUUCAGUACAUUCACAACGUUUGCAGCCACCAUCUGUGUCUAGUUCCAGAACAUUCCAUCACCUCAGAAGAAGCCCCAUCGUCAACAGCAGUCACUCCCCAUCCCCUCCCCAGCCCCUGACAACCAGGAACCCACUCUCUGUGUCUGUGGAUUGGCCCGUUCUGGACGUUUCCCGUCAAUGGAAUCACACACAGUGGGUCCUUCUGUGUCUGGCUUCUCUCACUGAGCAUCGUGUCCUCAGGGUCCAUCCACAUCGUAGCAAGUGUCAGAGCUUCACCCCUUUUCAGGACUGAGUGAUGUUCCCGUGUGUGGAUCAGUGCACCCGUUGCUGGGCAUUUGGGUGUCUGCCUUUUGGCUGUUGUGAAUCAUGCUGCUGGGCACAUGCACAGGUUUUUGUGUGGACAUGUGUUGUCACUUCUCUUGGCUGGGCACCUAGGAGAGAAUCGCUGGGUGAGGUUUAACCGUGUUUUGGUAACUGCCAGGCUGUUUUCAACAGCGGUGGCCCCAUUUUACGUUCCCACCAGCAGUGCAGGAGGGUUCCGACUGGUCCACGUCCUCAACAGCCCUAUUGAUUGUCCUUUUUGAUUACGGCCGUCCUCGUGGGGGGAGGUGGGUCCCUCCGCUCUUCACUGGAGCUCCUCCCGUCCAUCUGGCUCCAUCCCCGGAUGCUCAGCUCCUGUGUUUUGCACAGUUCAUGCUGCCUUGAGUUGACCUUCCCACACCCGUAGUGUCCAGCGGGGCCCAGAAGCGUGAGCGGGCUUUGCCUGCCAGCGGGGAGAACAGAAGAUCCCAGGCCCACAUGUAACCAGAUCCAGUUACAUCAACUACAAGUUAUUUUGCCCAGCGCUCAUUAGGAUUAUCUGCGUAGCCUCUGUCUGAGUUUCCUAAGACUGCUGUAAUAAGUCACCACAGACUUUGUAGCCCAAAACCACACAGGUUUAUUAUCUCACGGUUCUGGAGGUCAGGAGUCUGACUCGGGCCUCACGGGGCUAAAUCCAGGUGUGGGCAGGGCUGGUCCUUCCGGAGGCUCCAGGGAGGCUCCAGGGCAGCAUCGGUUCCCGCCUUUUCCAGCUUCUAGAGGCGCCGCACCCCUGGCUUGCGGCCCCUCCUGCAUCCUCACAGCCAGCAGCGCAGCAUCUCCCGUGUCUCUCUGCCUCUGACAUGCCCCCCCCACCCCCUGCCUCCCUCUUAUAAGGACCCUGUGAUGACACUGGACCCCCCAGGGAAUCCAGGGUCAUCCCUAUCUCAGGGGCCUCAACUUAAUUCUGUCUGCAGAGUUCCCUCUGCCGUUUGAGGUGACAUGUCCUCGGGGCCCAGGACCAGGACGGGGGUGUCUCUGGGGCCCUUAUCCUGUUGACCACGCCCUCUCCCCUAACCAGGGCAGGGAGGCCUCCUCCAUGCUUUCACAUUGGAUUCUUUUUGAGCCCUCUGUGAGCAGGCCCUGUGGACACACUGAGGACACAGGAGGAGGUAGGGUCAGGGUCACUCCCGCCCUGAGGGGAGAGACGCUGGGGUCUCCUCCGCCCCCUUCCAUCGGGCCCCACCCUCCCCACGCCUGGGCUCCAGAAGGAUCUGCUCUCCAGGCUCAGCUCGAGCACCAUCUCCCUUUAGGCCAGAGCAAUGUUUUUCUUUGUAAAUUCUCAUAACUUAAAGUCUCCAUCCUCCUGGCUCUGCUGCCCUGGGGGCAGGACCGCCCUGGCUAGAAGGCUGGUUUGAGCCCUAGACAUCAUCUCUCCAGCCUCCGGAAUUAACCCAGAGGCUCACAUUCUCGAGGCAGCUGCUGAAGGCCAGGCCAGGAGCCCUGGGCCUGCGGGGGUUUCCAGACCUCCGAGCUGUGGAAGGGCUGAGCCUGCAGGAGACGCUGGCCUACAGGACGUGGUGGGUCGUGCCUCAGCUCUUACUGUCUGCUGAGCUCCUCCCCGUCCCGGUUGCUCCGCCUGGACCCGCGGACACAGGUCCUCCAAGGUCGGGGUGACCAGACCUGCCGGCCUCGGGCCUGCCCACCUGGAACGGCUUCUCUGUCACUGAGGCCGUCCUGGUGGCGUUGACGUCCUCUCUGCAGGGCCGCCCUGGGCCUGGGGGGUGACAGGUCCCUACUCAAGGACACAUGAGGCCCGGCUCAGAUGUGGGACGUCCAGAACUUUCUGAUAAUGAAGGAGGGCUGUUGAAAGCCCCUCAGUUUCUGGCAGUUUGCCACACAGUGUGCUAGUCUGGAGGGCAGGCCACCUGACAAGGCUGCUGGUCCCAGGGCCCAGAAACCAACUGCCGAGGGAUUUAUUAAAACGUUCCAGAUAAGUGGUCAUUCGUCAUACGGGGGUGCACGGGUGCGUGCGGUGCAGCCCGGCCUGGGCAGUGCAGAGGCUCUGCUUCCGCUUCCCCUCUAGGCCGACUUCCCCUUCUGUGGCUGCUCCUGGGUGAGCGCCCAGGACACCCCCGUGCCGGCCAGGUCCACACUCCCGGGAAAGCGCAUCUCCUGGGCUGGAGAUGGAGAGCCAGGGGCGGCGGGCCAGCGCUGUCAUCGUAGCAGCAAUGGGGACGGGGAUGGCGCCGUGACCAGUCCCGAGCGUGAGCCCGACCUGAGCUCCUUGUGCUCGAUUUCAUCCUUUCCUGCCCUCCGAGGUGGGGUUUGUAACAGAGGAGACGGUGCAGAGCAAAGACUCGGGAGGAGCCGGAGGGGGACCGGGCAUCACGGCAGGGCCAUGGCAGCUGCAGCCCCUAUAUCGGGGCCUCAUCCCCCAAAACGGGCGGCGUCAGUCACGAGUCCAGACAGCUCAUAGAGGCAUCUUACUUAGUGCACUGGGGUGGAUAGUGUCCCCCCAAAUUCAUAUCCACCCCUUGGAAAUGGAGUCUGUGCAGAUGUCACAAUGGAGAGAUGAGGUCACGAUGGGUCACGGCGGCCCCUAAUCCAGUGACGAGAUUGGGACACGAGACACAGGGAAGAUCAGAGAGGCAGGAGGAUUGUACCCCCUCCCAGUCCCGGAGGCCAGAAGCCCCAGAUCUGUGUGGGCAGGGCUGGUUCGCCCUGGGGCUCUGAGGGGGCAUAUGUCCCAGGCCUCUCUCCCGACUCUAAUGGUGCUGGCAGUCCUUGGUGUCCCCUAGCCUGUAGACACAUCACCCCAUCUCUGCAUCCGUUAUCACAUGGUCUUUCCCUGGGUGUCUGUCUUCUCUUAUAGGGACACUCAUCAUUGGACUUAGGGCCCACGGGGAUAAUCCGGGAAGAGGGCAUCCCAAGAUCCUUAACCCAGUCACAUCUGCGAAGACUGCAAAGUCUCUUCUUCCAGAUAAGGUCUGGGGGAGACCCGGGGGCCCGGUGACCUUCGCAUCGUGAGCGUCCCGCCCGGCCCUCCCCGUGGAGGCCUCGCGGGGGGCGUCCUGAGCGCGCAGCGGAGAUGUCCAACCCCUUCCUGAAGCAGGUCUUCAACAAGGACAAGACCUUCCGGCCCAAGCGCAAGUUCGAGCCGGGCACCCAGCGUUUCGAGCUGCACAAGAAGGCGCAGGCAUCGCUGAAUGCGGGGCUAGACCUGAAGCUGGCUGUGCAGCUGCCCGCCGGCGAGGAGCUCAACGACUGGGUGGCCGUGCACGUGGUCGACUUCUUCAACCGCGUCAACCUCAUCUACGGCACCAUCAGUGACGGCUGCACCGAGCGCUCCUGCCCCGUCAUGUCAGGCGGCCCCAAGUAUGAGUACCGCUGGCAGGACGAGCACAGGUUCCGGCGGCCCACGGCACUGUCGGCCCCCCGGUACAUGGACCUGCUCAUGGACUGGAUCGAGGUGCAGAUCAACAAUGAGGACGUCUUCCCCACCAACGUCGGCACGCCGUUCCCCAAGAACUUCCUGCAGGUGGUGAAGAAGAUCCUGUCGCGGCUCUUCCGCGUGUUCGUGCACGUCUACAUCCACCACUUCGACCGCAUCGCGCAGCUGGGCUCGGAGGCGCACGUCAACACCUGCUAUAAGCACUUCUACUACUUCGUCACGGAGUUUGGCCUCAUCGACACCAAGGAGCUGGAGCCGCUGACCUAUACAGUGGUGAUGGUUGCACAACUCUGCAUAUGCUAACCCAGGAGCUGUGCACUUACCAUGGGAGAAUCUCAGGACAUGUGACUUCU